AUGCAUCGCGCGAAAACAUCGCUGUCGGCAGCUCGGGCGAUCGCCCCUUGCGCUCUUUUGCAAAGGGCCCAGCCAGCGCGCGCCGGCGAAGGGGCCGGCGUUGCGUUCGGACGACCGCGGCGAGCUGACGGGGAGAGGUCCGAGGCCCUGCUCCGCGCCACGGAGCCGCGCGGCGAGUCUGCGAGCUGCCGAGGAGAGGAGGAGAGAGAAGAGGCUAUGCGGUCGGGGACGUUUAGGCGUCGACCGUGUUUAUCGGCGGUCGCCACAAAGGGAGGGGCGGGCACGCUGGAGCAGACGCUCGCCUGGCGUCUCGCCUGA